UGUGCAGUCAAAUUUUCCAACAAUAAAAUGUCACAAACGAAAAACAUAUACUUCAACUAUUUCAGAAUUCCAAGCGACCAAUUGAGGUAUAAACAAUGGAUGGAAAAAUGUCAUACUGUACAUUUACUAAAAAAAGAUCUUGCUAUUUUAUACAAAAAUUACAGAGUGUGUGGUGUUCAUUUUGAAAACAAUAUGUUUUUAAAUCCAAGUAGUAGGAACCGUCUUACAAUGAAUGAUGUGCCAACAAUAUUUAGUGCUACACGGCUGAGAGAUGCAUAUGGAUAGUUCAUCUACCAAAAUUCUUCUCAACAAAUUAUCUAUUGAUAAUUACCCACCCAGAGCCCAGAGCUCUAGGGU